GACACCCCACCUGAAAGAAGACAUACGUGGCUCUGGGCUGUCGCCCCCUCUCAGCACCUUCUCCUUCCACAGGCACCUUGGCCUUGAGGUGGUCCCAGCGCCAUGAGCCCAGACAGGUCCUCGGAGGAGAGCACCGAGGGAGAUGCUGGGGAAAGAGAGUGGAAGCCCACGGUGAGAGAUACUUUCAAAGACAUUUCCAUAUACUUCUCCAAGGAAGAAUGGACUGAGAUGGGAGAAUGGGAAAAAAUCCGAUACAGGAAUGUGAAAAGGAACUAUGAAGCCCUGAUUACUAUAGGUCUCAGAGCCCCUCGGCCAGCUUUCAUGUGUCACCGCAGGAAGGCCAUCAAACCCCAGGUGGAUGACACUGAGGAUUCUGAUGAAGAAUGGACACCAAGGCAGCAAGUUAAAACUUCUUGGGUGGCCUUCAGAGCGGAGCACAGUAGACACAAGAAGGGAAUGCCAAGGGGGCCAUUAAGUAAUCAAUCUAGUUUGAAGGAGUUGUCGGGAACAGCAAAACCGCUGAAGACAAGUGGCUCCGGGCAAGCCCAGAAACCAUUUCCCCCUCUCGGAGAAGCAAGCACCUCUGGGCGGCACUCCAGACAAAAACUGGAGCUCAGAAGGAAGGAGAGUCAAGUGAAGAUGUACAGCCUGCGAGAAAGAAAGGGCCACGCAUACCAGGAGGUCAGCGAGCCCCAGGACGAUGACUACCUCUAUUGUGAGAAGUGCCAGAACUUCUUCAUUGACAGCUGUGCUGCUCACGGGCCCCCUACAUUUGUUAAGGACAGUGCAGUGGAAAGGGGGCAUCCUAACCGCUCAGCCCUCACUCUGCCCCCUGGAUUAAGAAUCAGACCAUCGGGCAUCCCGGAGGCUGGGCUUGGAGUAUGGAACGAAGCAUCUGAUCUGCCGUUGGGUCUGCACUUUGGCCCCUAUGAGGGUCAGAUUACAGAAGAUGAAGAGGCAGCCAACAGUGGAUACUCCUGGCUGAUCACCAAAGGGAGAAACUGCUAUGAGUAUGUGGAUGGAAAGGAUAAAUCUUGGGCCAACUGGAUGAGGUAUGUGAACUGUGCCCGGGAUGACGAGGAGCAGAACCUGGUGGCCUUUCAGUAUCACAGACAGAUCUUCUACCGGACCUGCCGAGUGGUUAGGCCAGGCUGUGAGCUGCUGGUCUGGUAUGGGGACGAGUACGGCCAGGAGCUGGGCAUCAAGUGGGGCAGCCAGUGGAAGAGAGAGCACGCCACAGGGCAAGGUGGGCACCACCACUCCCCGAGCAGGAAGAGAAGGAACGCUCUCCUUGGGGACUUUCAUGGUCCAGCUCCUAACAUCCUCUUUCAGCAGAACCAAAGAUCUAUCUAUGUCCCUCCUGCUCUCUGGCCUUCUCCAGUCAGAAAUUCCUCAGCCAACAUGUGAAACACAACCACCCCUCUCAGAUCCUCCCAAGAACAGCUGCAGGAAGACACCUGGAGCCAGAAGAUCCCUGCCCAGGCAAUCAAAAUGAGCAGCAGCAGCAUUCUGACCAACACAGCUGGAAUGACAAACCUGAAGGUCAAGAGGCCAAGGAAAGGUCCAAACCUUUUCUGA